AUGAUUAAAUUUGACCUUGGCCAAGUUAAAGAGGCAUACGAGACUCUUGCCAGGUCAAUCAAGAUGAUCCAAAAGGAAAGUGUCAAAAACGAUAAAGCUACAAAAUUCGCUAAAGCAAGAUUAUUUGAUAAACAAAAAGAAGUCAAUUUUCAUUUAGACACGAUCGCAUCUCUUAAGAAAGAACUAGAAUUGGCUAAAAUUGAAAACGAUCGGAUUGAUAAAAAGUUAAUGAGUUAUGUGGCUUCAUCGUACGUUCUUGAGCAGAUUGUCCCCCAACAGCCACAUACGGCACCAGUCUUUAAGAGCGUUCCACCCCCAAUCAUAGAUGUCACAUUCUCCCCAUCCGAUACCGACAAUGAAUCUCAGGUUAUCAAAACAGUUGUCGAUCAAGUGUUGGAUGAGGAGAGUGAGAAAUCUGAAAAGGCUCAAUCUGAGAAGGUUGUUAGUGAUUCUGAAGAUGAAGGGAAUUUCUUAGAUCGAUAUGUACCGAAAUCGGAAAAGAGCGCGAAUGAUGAUCCGAUUAUGUGUCAGAAAGUGAUUGAGAAACCUGUUGUUGUUAAACCGGUUCAAAAGCAAACUGUUCAAAAACCAAGUGUUCAAAAACAAACUGUUUCUAAACCAACUGUUCAAAAGUCAAACAUUCAAAAACCUCAACCUAAAUCUCCGAUUGACACAAAAGGCAAAAAGCCGAUGGUUUCUCCGAUCCGUAUUUUGAAAGAGGUGAAUCUUUGA